GCCGCCCCCGGUGGCGGCGGGAGGUAGUGGCAGCGCGCGGGGCUGCGGCACCUCCGGGCGGCUCCGCGCCGGCACCGGCACCCUCGGAACCCCCGGACCUGGGCACCCCCGGGACCCCCGGUCCCAGCAGUGCCGCCCGCGGGGUCCCGGCGGUUCGCGGGGCGGAGCGGAGCGGAGGCAGAUCCACGAGGGAGAAGACACGGCCUCGCAGCACUGUCAGAGAGGAAGCCUUGGGAAAGCUCCGAGCCUCCCCCAGUGAAGCCGAGGUCACAGCUCCUGGAGGCCCAGCCGUGUCAGGGGUGACGCCAUCCUGCUGCCUGCCUGACCCCCGGGCUGUCCCGCUGGCAGCACCACAGCGGUCCCCUCUGUCCUCCGCCAAUGCCCCUGGGCAGAGGCUGCAUCGGUGUCCCAAGUGCGGGGUCAAGCCGGGGGUCCCACUUCUCCCCACAGAGCAGCGGCGAUGGGGGUGGCUCUCUCCACUGGAGCAGUUGUUGCAAUUUCUUUCAACUGCAUCAUCGCGUUGCUCAUCCUCAUCCUCUUCCUCAUCCUCUGCAAGGCCUUCAGGACCCCGUCGUGCCCCAAGAAGGGCCCCUCCUCUGAUGCAGAUGAGGCAAAGAAUAAGAAGUACCUGCUGCAGCCCUGAGCCGUGCAGGCAGGCGGUGCUGGGGGGCUCAGGGACGUGGGCACCUGGCUGUGCUGAAGGAGUUGUGCUUACCUGGACAUAGUGUCCAUGCCGAGAUGGAGGUGCUGGACAAGCAGGGUGGGAGCAGAGGGGAUGCUGAGCUGUUUGCAGGGGCAUGACAUGGGGCAGAGCCCUUCACCUUUGUGGUCCUGGUGCAUGCAUGCCCUGCGGAUGCCUGUGGUGACUGUGAGGACGGAGACACAGCAGCUGGGGAUGUGCUGCUGGGACAUGCUUGGCCCCUGCAGCCAGCAAGUGUGGCGGGAGCCGUGCCCUCGAGCAUACCCCAUAUUCAGGGCUGGCCUGUGGGCUCCUCCGUGGUGCUGGUGGCCUGGGUUUGGGCCCUUCCACCUGAGGGGCUUCCCCUGGGGACAAUGGCAUGUGGAGAUUCGGCCACCAGCUCCUCAUUGCAUCGCAGACCUGAAUGGGGCUGGCUGGGGGCUCAGAGAGGGGAGGUGAUGGGGCUGGUGCUAUUGAGAUGGCUGCCUGUGGUGGCACCAUGCCCGGGGGCACCCCAGCAGCCCCAGCCCAGCAGCUGCAGUGGUGUUACUGGGGUGGGUGCUGGGGUGGCCCUGGGGUGCAGGAGGCAGCUAGCACCCACCUGCCCCAGCAGCUGGCUGGGUUUGGUGAGCCAUGGGGGUGCAGAGGGCCACUUGGUCUGUCUGUCCCCGGUCUGUCUGUUAGUCCCCUCCAGCGUUAGCACUGACACUGCCAGAAGAACACCCUCCUUGCCCUCCUUGCUGGGCGCCUAUCCCUGCCUGCCCUACAUCUGCCCAGAUGCCGGCCAAGGCCAGCCAGACCAUAGGUAGGGGACAUGUCCCCAUCCCUGGUGCUGUCCUCUGUGAGAGCAGCCUGGAGUGGUGUUUUGCAGGGGGAUCGGGGCUGUCCAAGUGCCCUUUACAGUGACAGGCACCUCCUGGUGUGCUGCCUCAGUUGGGGACCUGCAUGUGCCAGUGGCACCUCCCUGUGUCCUACUGCUGCCUGCCUGAGCCCCCACGGAGUAUUUCAGAGUUGGAAUGACCGGCCAAACAGCACUGAAGGGUCUUCCAGCCCUGAUGCUUGGGGACAGGGGAUCAGCCUGGCCCCCCUUCUCCAGGGCCACGGUGGUUCUGUAGUGAGGGAUGCUUGGUCUGGUUUGUCCCCAAGCCUGAGGGCUGCUUCCUCUAUCCUGCCUGUGGGUUUUGGAGUGGCUCCUAGAGUGGAGCAAUAGCCAGCAAUAGCCCCGGGGCACCUGGUCCCUGCUGGCACAGCUGCUGCAAUAAGGGGCUGGAGAGGUGGGCUGUGCCAGUGGGAUGCAAGCCGGGGUCUUCGCGUAGGCCUAGCAAAGCUCCUGGUUCCUUCCCUUGUCAGGUGUAGCUAACAUCCCUUUGCAGUCGUGUUUUUACUAGACUAAUAAACCAGUUGUAGGACUCAGGAGGCAUCUCUGAGCUCUGCCCUGUGCCCGCUGCAGCGUGGGAACAAUCAGGGAGGUCACGGGGAGGCCUCGUGUCCUGCCCACAGCUAUGUGUGGGUGUCCUGGGGCUGGUGGCCAAUGUCCCUGCAAGGCUGUGGGUGCUUUGCUGGGCAGCUGUGACAAGGAGGGGCUCGUCCCGCACCCUUCUGUGGCUUUGAAAUGCUGGGUGACAAACCUGGCUGGGCUGGAGCAUGUGGCUGUCAGCAGCGAGCAGCCCCAGCCCUGGUGCUGGUGGCACUGAAGUUUCCAACCAGUGUCCUUAAGUUACAGGGUGCAGGACACUGGCAGGGGACGUGGGCCAGCCAAGCAGAUGGAGGACACCCACCACUGCCCAUGGACUGUGUGCCGCUGGUCCCCACUCCCGGUGGCUGUGUGCAAGGCUCCAGCGGUGACAGUCUUGUCACCGCUCAUCAGCAUGCACUGAGGCCACCGCAGCUUCUGCUGCCACCACAGCCACAUAGCAGCUAAUCCCUCUGCUGCAACAUGCCAGAGCAGCAGGAGGGCUCUGCAAAGCCUGGCACCUGGCUGUGCCCGUGGCCAUUGGCUGGGCAGAGGUGUCCGAGCCUCCGAGUGAGCUCCUUGGUGCGGGUGGCCAGCAGUCGCUGCGAUGCCCUGGUCUGAGUGAGGGCACUCUGAGGCACAAUCUGAGGCAUGUCCCUCUGCCACUGCAGUGUGAGAUCCCCAGACACCUCCUGGCCACCCCAAAAUAAUGGGACCCAAAUGUGGCUGAUGCCAUGCUUGGCCACCACUCGUGGUGGAACCAGCCAAGCUCAGGGGCAGUGCCAGCAUAGCUAGGGUGGCACGGGCUGGGCCAUGGGGCUGCAACCUCGGGGUUUUACUGGGGCUGGAGGCACCAGCCCUCUCCUGCCUCUGCAGGGCUCUCAAUAGGUGUGAGCACGGACACAGGUGGGGAAGACCUGAGGGCUGCAUGGCUCCAGGGGCCUGAGCACAGCGAGGGGCUGCUGUCCUCAGGGAUAAUGGCACACUGCCAGCCUUUCAGUGGCUCUCUAUUUGUCUGGGCACAGAGACAAAGUGCUCCCGCUCUGCAAAGAGCAGGUGGAGCAGGGCCCACAGCUCGCAUGCCAGGCAGCUGCUGGUCAAAGCAGGGUUUGUUCACCUGCUUGCGGGGCCUGGCACAGCCGUCACUCCCAUUGCUUACUUCCCAGUCAUGCUAUCUGGCGCUCUCACCAGGUUCAGAAGCUUGUCCAGCUUCGCGAUUUCCACCUCUGGGCCCUUCUUCACCUCCUGGCCUUUCUUCUCCUGCGGGCAGAGCAUGUGAGGCAGAGCUGUGAGCUAGGAGGGAAGCUGGGGGUGCUGUGUCCUGGCUCUUGGCCCUCAUGGGGGGCUGAUCCAUGGGGCGAUGCACCUGCAUGUCCCUGUAUUUUAAACCCAAAGUGACAGUAGCCCCCCUGGGCUGAGGGAUGCAGUAAGGAGAGGUGUCCUACCAUGUCAUGCUCUGGGAGCAAGGCAGACACAGGAGCAGGGAUCGGUACUUUUGUACCCAAACCCCUCUCCCCAGGAGGAAGGUGGGUGCUGAGAGACCCUACCCCAGAGGAGAAGUGAGCCAGGGCUCCCAGACAGGCUGUCAGCUCCCCACAGAGCCUCCCACAGGACAGCAUGUCCCUGUGCUCAGAGGUGACAAAUAAAAACAUCCCUAAAACUCCUCCGAGCCAUUUCAGCACUUGCAGCACGCAGCCGGGCGAGCUGUGGCACCACAAAGCUCUCCUUGCUGCACACCCUGUGCUGCUUUGGCACACGGGCACAGCGGGUGCUGCACGUAGGCAUUGCACGAUGCUGUGCCAUCCCGACGCAUGCCUCAGCACGGGUUACAGGGGACAAGCUGUUCCCGCAGUCUGCCAGCACCUGUCCUGGGGUGCUAGAGCAAACCACCACCAGCACCCGAGGAGAAAGCACUUAGCAUGAGGGAAAUAAGGCUGCCCGGCUCAGCCCACGCUUGCUUGGGAGCUGCAGGAGCUUCCAGGCCUGGGGGGGGGUGGGUGUGAAACAACGAAGUCCCUGCCACAGAUGACAGUGCCACCCAAAGCUUUGGGAUGAGCAAGCCUUUCUGCUGGGGACUUUGGAAAAAGUGAUAACUGGUUUUGUGCUCUCCAGAGUCAUAUCAUUAGACACACAAACACAACAGAGGGAUUUUCUUAUCUUCUGUCAGCCCACAGAGCCUCCAGCAGCUGAGCAUUUACUUGGAGGGAUGCUGCUCCCUCCCAGGCAGCAUCUGCCCAGUCCCAUGGCUGGGCACUGCCCUCUGCUGUCAGCCUUCCCCUUGGCUAGCCUUCGGGCUCUUGCCUUCCCCUUGGAUUCGGGGUCCUUGCUCCAGGGAUG